AAUGGUCAGUCAUUAACCCUCAACAAUUCACAGUGCAAAUCCAAGUAUCCAACAAGGUGUCAUCAGUUUCUUUGUUGGUGGUUGUGAAGUAGUUGGAGCCGUUAAUGCCUUUAUCUCGAGACAACUUCAUAAAAAAAAUUUAAUCGUUUUGGGUACUUUCCAUCAUAAUUUUAAGUUUAAAUCCUAAGAAACUCGAUAAUCAUGUGAAAAUAGAGCAUGGAUGGUGAGAAUUAUAUGGAAGACAUGCUCAUAGAUACGCAGCAUAGAAUUGUAUCAUUUCAGUUCGCCGGCCUCCAGGUACAAAAAUACCAACCAAAGGAUAUGGUGACAGAAGCAUACCUUGCCUGCCCAUUAAUGUCUACUUUUAAGAUUAGGUUCUCUCCUUUUAUGUGUCCUCUGCUGCACAUAAAGCAAUCGAGUCUCCAUCAAUCGAUUGGGUGUUGGAGAGAUUACAUAUAGAUAACAUAUGAUAUUGACCUGGUAAAAAAAGGAAGAUUUUAGAUAAAUGAAGGUCUAUGUAUAUUAAGAUAAUGAAGGUCUAUGUAUAAUUUUGUCUGCUUUAUCAUCCGAUCUAAAAGAUGAAGUGGAUGACUCAUCCUGGAGAUUGCAUAUGGAAGCAACCAUGUGGAUGCUUGCGACAGUACAUAGAGGAUUAUUUCAAUAGUGGUGGAUCGAACCUUGCUUAGCCUAGCAAUGAGGAAUUGAGGAUGAAACUUACAUCACUAUCCUUUCUUUUCUGAUUUUGAUGGAUAUAUGAAUCAUUUCGCAAAUUAAAUACCUUCAUAGAUCUUUCAAUGGAAUUAUCAAAUUUUCUGUUCCCUGAAACAGUGCAAUAACAAAUAAAUGCCUUCAGGCUGUGCAGAACCAACUCGAACAAUCCACCCAGGUGUUAUAAAGACGUUGGAACCAUGCCAUGCUACUCGAUGUAUGAUUCCCAAUCCCAGUCUAACCACCAUCAAUCAAACCUACCAUCUCUUUGCUCACAGCUAAGUCUCCCGUCAAUUCCUUCCCUCUCGUCCUCAUCACAACGCCAUCACCAACACUUUCUAUCCAACACCCACCACCACUGCCUCGCCACUCUCAAGGGUCACACCACCUAUGUAUCCUCUCUCACCCUAACUGAAAAGUUCCUCUACAGCGGCUCCUCAGACAAAGAAAUCCGAGCUUGGAAGCGAAACCAUCUAGACUCGGAACUAAAUCAUGAAAACCAAUGCAACAACAUUGUAGCCGUGGGGAAAGGUGCAGUGAAGUCCCUAGUAGUUUUAGCUGAUAAACUCUUUAGUGCACAUCAAGACCACAAAAUCCGAGCAUGGAAAACCAGUAGCCAAGAACCUGAUAUACAGAAGUAUACCCAUUUAGCCACGCUACCCACACUUGGUGAUCGAGCUUUAAAUAUUCUGUUACCAAAGAACCAUAUUCAGAUUAGAAGGCACAAAACAUGCACAUGGGUUCAUCACGUAGACACAGUCUCUGCACUUGCCUUGUCAAAGGACGAGUCUCUUCUCUAUUCCGUUUCAUGGGAUAGGACACUCAAGGUAUGGAGGACAAGUGACUUCAAAUGUCUGGAGUCAAUAUCAAGUGCACAUGAUGACGCUAUAAACGCUGUGGCAGCUUCAAGUGAUGGGGAUGUUUAUACUGGAUCAGCAGACAGAAAAAUCAAGGUGUGGAGGAGGAGUUCAGGAGGGAAGAAGCAUUCCCUAGUGGCUACAUUAGAGAAACACAACUUAGGGAUUAAUGCCCUGGCACUAAGCACUGAUGGAUCUAUUCUGUACUCCGGUGCUUGUGACCGAUCAAUAUUGGUCUGGGAGAAGGACGAUGGUGGUGGUGGAAUGGUGGUUGUGGGUGCUCUCAGAGGGCAUACACAGUCCAUAUUGUGCUUAGUAGUUGUGUCGGAUUUGGUGUGCAGUGGUUCUGCGGACAAAACCAUAAGAGUUUGGAGAUGUGAUGAUAGGAGUUACUCUUGUUUGGCAGUUUUGGAAGGGCAUAAAGGCCCUGUCAAGUGCUUGACAGCAACAAUUGAUGGACACAACCCAUCUCAUACAUCGUACCUUAUUUACAGUGGGAGUUUGGAUUGUGAUAUCAAGGUGUGGCAGCUUAAUGUCCCAACAGAUCAAUAGCAGAAACUUCUUCAACUAUGCCUUGCUGUGGUUAUCAAAGUGUGCUGUUCCCUGCUUUUUAUUUUACUUUUUUUUUUCUUUCUCCUUUUCCUUUUAAGGUUCUUUGUAGUUGUUUCAAGAUUAGAGUGUAAGAAUUGCGACUAAUGAUCCAGAAACUCUUCAGAAUUA